AUGACCAAAUAUUUAAAACACAUGUGGCAGCGGAUGGAACAAAUAUUUAAACCUGCUACUUUUCAAGAUAAUUUAGUCUUUGACUUAGCUGGGUACACUAAUAAAUCAAUCACUCAAUCUGAAUUAAAUGGUGAUGGAUUGCUACUAGCUGUUCCAAAGCACAGGCGGUCUCUCGAAAAACGUUUAUCCCACAGAUUUGGAUGGCCGGAGUAUCAUUGGAAACCUCUUAAACCUAAAACAAAUUUGAAAUUAUGUAAAACUUGUGGUCAUCAUUAUGAAUUCGGAAGUAUUUGUGGUAAUUGUUAUGCUAAAACAAAGCAAGAAACUGAUAUUCUACAGAAGGACAUGGAUUUUGGUUGCGGUUUUACACAAAACUUAUCUGUUAUAUCUAAAACUGCGAUAAGUGGAUUAAAAAUUUUUUGCAAGGAGCAUAAGAUAGCAGAAUCAAAAAAAAAGGAUUCAAAAUGGUUCAACCAAAAUUUACUGGAGUCUUCAACGAAAAAAUAAAUUAUGACUAGGCAAUUUCGAAUUUUAUGAACUUUU